UGAGAGAAAAAAAAAAAAGCUGCGCUGGUUCCAGGCGCCACCACCACGUUCCUUUCCCACCCCGAACAUCGCCGUCACCCGCGACAGGCAGAUGGUCCCUCCUACUCGAUCUCCAACUUGGAAGUGGGUGGUUAGGGAUCACUCUGGCUCUUGAGCUCGCCGAGGCUUGCUUCUAGGCUCUGGAGUUGCGCGCCGCGGAGAUAGCAGAUCCGACUCAUUUUUCGCCCUCUGCCUCCCGCCCACGAUGAACGACCGAAUGCGAGAAGCAAACAGCGCGAGCGCGCCGCCGACAUCGGUGCCGCCCCGGUCCCCUCCGUCAUCACCACCUGUCGGCGAGGACAGCUGGGUCGACUACAUCGACCAGCAGAAGCAGCACGCACGCGACCUCGAGGCUCGCAUCCAGGUCCUCGAGCUGUACAAAAAAGCCACGACGGCCGAGCCCGGAAGCCUGCGGAUAUGGCUGGCUUACUGUGAAUACUUUUGGUCGCUCUAUCAGAGCUGCCAACACCCCUCUCACCAGAUCCCGUGGACGUGGCCCGCCGAAGAACUGCAGAUGGCGCGUGAGAUAUUGUCUCUCGACGCCGCCCUGCGCGUCUGGCAGGAAGGCCACGAUGCUACUCAACACCGCCUGGGCGACAGCCAUGUGCUCUGGAACCGAUGGAUCGCCAGGGAGAUGGAGCUCCUCUCGCGUACCAAGACGGCCGAGGGUGUUAAGCGCAUCACUCACCUCUUCCGCAAUCGCCUGCUGAGUCCGCAUUCCACCUGGGCCGAGACCUCCCAGGCGUACUCCACCUUCCUAUCCGAGUACAACCACGCUGCCUGGGAGAGCUCCAUGAAGGACAUUUCGGCACGCUCGCAGUCUGUCCGAGACCUUUACGAAAAGCGUGACCCGUACGAGACGAAGCUGGCCAGGGCCGCCAGCGCCGGCGACCUGGACGCUCAGCGCGCCGCCAUGAAGGACUACCUCCAGUUCGAGAUCGCCAUUGCCAUCCGGGAGAAAAAGAACCCCAAGCUCGCCAUCGAGAUCGCCAUGGGCCUCUUCUCGCGCGCCCUCACCGGCAUCCUCUCCUCCGACGAGACCACCUGGGCCGACUAUGCUGUCUUUGUCUCGUCACUCUACCACCGGUUUAGUAGUCCUGAGACGCGCAACCCUGACAUGCUGCAGAUCAUCCCGAGUAGUCCUUCUGUGCUGCAGGGUGCCGUAUCUCACUGUCCCUGGUCUGGCCCGCUCUGGGCGCGUUAUAUCCUGAGUGCAGAGGAGGCUGGCCUGUCCUUCUCGGCCAUGGAGCGGAUCAAGCAUGCAGCAACAGACAACUCGCAGCUCGAUCGCGACGGCAUGAUUGGGGUCGUCGAGAUGUACGCUGCGUGGUGUGGUUAUCUGAAGCGGUCGGCCUUGGACCCUGCCGCGUCCGAGGAGACGACCGAUCUCGCCGACUCUGGCCUCCUUGCUGCCCUCGAGGCCGUGCAGGUCUGGGGCGAGCGCCGGUUCGGCAACGCCUACGUUGGUGAUCCUGACUUCCGCCUCGAGCGGGUCCUGGUGGGCUACCUCACCGAGAAGCACGGCGCUAUCGAGGAAGCUCGAGCUCAGUGGCUGAGGCUUGCCGACAAGCCACUAUAUGCUGCCAGUUACAACUUUUGGCUGCAAUACUACGCAUGGGAGAUCCAGCUCUUCCAGGUUGAGAAGGGUAAGAGGCGCAGCCCUACCCCGGGCCCCUCGCUUCCGCCGAGGGCUUCGCCGCGUUCGCCUGCCCACGCGACAGAUGUGCUGCAGCGCGCUCUGAAGAGGAAGGAUCUUGACUGGCCCGAGAGGAUCAUCGAGAUCUACCUGCAGCACUGCAACAACCACGAGACACCCGAGAACCUGCGGCUCGCCUAUGACUUUGUGCAUCGGACCAAGAAGCAGCUGGAGCAGCGCCGGAAGGAUGAAGCUACCGCCGCCGCCGCCGCUGCUGCUGCCGCCUACGCCGCCCCGACCGCCGCGCCAACCCAACAGUCCGAGGCUGAGGCCCAAGGCUCGCCUUCGGCCGCGUCCAAGAGGAAGCGCGGGGACACACCCGAUCGCGUCGAAGAAGGUGCGAACAAGCGGGCCAGGAAUCAAGCUGAUGACGCGACCAGCUCCGGUGUCCAGGCCGACGAGGACUUGUCCUCGCAGGCCGGUGCUACCCAGAAGCGGGACCGGGAGCACACGUCCGUCAUCGUCAUGAACCUGCCGGCUGACACGACACAGACCAGGGUCCGGCAGUACUUCCGUGAGUACGGCCACGUCAAUAACCUUCUGCUCCGCAAGGUCGAUGAUGGCCAAUCCGCCGUUGCCGUCGUCGAGUUUCGUUCCCCCGACGACGCUCGAUCCGCCCUCCUGCGCGACGGCAAAUACUUUGGACAGCAGAUCGUCGGCGUCAAGCCCGCAGAUCGUCUGACCCUGUUUGUCACAAACUACCCACCGACGGCCGACGAGUCCUACAUCCGGAACCUCUUCACCGACUGCGGCGAGAUGCUCGAUGUGCGCUGGCCCAGCCUCAAGUUCAACACCCACCGUCGCUUCUGCUACGUCACCUUCCGCGAGCCCGAGGGCGCCGCAGAGGCCACCAAGCUCGACGGCCGCGUUUUGGAGGGCAGGUUCAAGCUGAGUGCAAAGUACUCGGACCCGGCUCAGAAGAAGGCUCGUGAGGGCGCGACCUCGGAGGGCAGAGAGGUCAAGGUGCAGAACCUCCCAUCCGACGCGAACGAUGAGGCUGUCAAAGAGCUAUUUGGCAAGUAUGGAAAGAUCCAAACGGUCCGAAUCUUGCGCAACAUGGCGGGCAAGUCACAGGGAACUGGCUUCGUCGUGUUCGAGACCAAAUCUGAGGCCGAAGCCGCGGCCGCGGAGCUCAACAUGGCCAAGAUGCGUAGCAGCAUUCUCACGGUGGAGACUACUAAGGUGACCAACUUCAAGCCGAUCGCGCGCGCCGUCAACUCGGCUUCUCCAGCACCCUCUCCCGCUAGCGACAAGGAAGGGGACGUGGCCACGACCGACGAUGCGGGCGCCGACCGCCAGAGCGGAAACGGAAGCAAGGAGUCCCGCGAUCUCCGCACCUUUGCACUGCUCGGCCUGCCGGAUACGGUCAAUGACUCUCGUGUGAGGGCGCUGGUGGAGCAACACGGUGCCGUGACCAAGCUCAUUCUCCGCCCCGAUCAUGCCGGGGCCAUUGUCGAGAUGAAGGAGGAGGCGGCCGUCGGCAAGGUGCAGCUCGCGCUCCGGGGCUCCGAGCUAGGUGGCCGCGCCAUUCGAACCGGUACCGUUGCAGAGCUGCUGUCCGAGAAGGCCGAGCAUCGCACCGACCGCAUCGACCAACCUGCGGCCACCGGCAAAGCUACCCCGCAGAACAAGACGGUUGCCGAUGGUGGCGAGAAGAAGAAGGCAAACAGCCUGAUGAUGCAACCUGCUCGUCUCCAUCGCCCUGUGCUCGGCCAGAACAAGCCCAAGCGCGGACUCGGCUUCGUGAAAGCGGUCGCGCCGCGCCCUGUGCCCAAUGCUCAACCCCCUUCGGCCACAUCGACGAACGGAGCGGCUACUGUUGCGCCCAAGAGCAACGCACAGUUCAGAGACAUGUUCCUCUCCAGCGGACGCGACAAGAAGGAUUCCGGUGACGCCAAACAGGAGACGGCCGGUGACAAGGGAAAACCUGUGGACAACUAGGCCCCUGUCUUCGGAGGUGCUCAAAACGGCGCUUGACGAUCAACUCAACACAUACCUGGCGACGAUCCUGCAGACUAUAAUGCAUGACAACUGCAGCACCCAAACCCAUUCGUUUACAAGUUCAUUUUUCUCUUCAUUUCCGAGGAUUUGUGUGGGCGACGCCCGCUUGUACUAACAACUAGAAACAUUUUGCUGUUGGGGCUUGAGGGAUUUACCUUAUCCAUUCUGGUGCCGUGAGAAUUUACUUAUACCCCUUUUCUGUCCUCUCGCUUUCUACACAUGUUCUUCUUACUUCUUUUUUUUAUUUUUUUAUUUAUUUUAUUUAUUUUACUGGGCGGCGGGUGUAGGGCCAGGAAGGGCGAUCUGAUGGAGGCGGACGGGUGAUUGGGUUUGCGAACGACGUGCUUUCGUUUUAUUCUUCCAUUUGUGUCUCAUUACCUCGGCGGAUGCUUUGCGUCGGGGACGGCAAAUAUUGCACUCCUGCAUAGUCCGAGGUAGUUUGGUCGGGCCCUGGGAUUAAUGGGCAAUACGCGAUGGAUGAUUUUAGGCAUCUUGAGAUUGGCGGCUCUGAUCUUUUUGGCGACAAGAUUGCCUCGUCGACUUUGGGUCAAGGGGUGCGUCUCUCUUUGGCGUGGGGAUCGAAAAGGGCCUGCUUCGUUAUCGAUCAGAAAUGGCAAUCUCGGCCGGGGGGGGG